CAGGCCACGUUGGGCAUGGCUGCCCCAGCUGCCAGCAGGUCACCCGCUCCAAGUCUCCCCUACAUGCUGUAUGUGCAUGCGUGUGUGUGUGCCCUAUCCGACUCACGAUUGCCAAUACUCGACACCCGUCGUCGACCACAGGGCACCCGUGAUCUGAACUCCUGAUCAUGUCGUCUUUGCUCACCAACUCAAGAUCGCCAUCCUCUUCUUCUACCCCUCAGCGCCAGCUCCACCUCCACGAGCAACAACAGCAGUCAGCUCACCUCGCUCUACCCUCCAACCGCCCUUCCCGCACCGCCGUCGAUUCUUCCGGCAACGUUCUCCUUCCAACAUCUCCGAGCCUCGUCGACACCAGCGCGUCCUCUCCUUCGGCCGCCUCGACCAGCUUCCGCGCUGACCGCCCUGCUACCAAUGGUUACGGCAUAGGGCGCUCGUCCUCGCCUUCCUACGCGACUUCGUCUCACCUCCGCAGUCCCGACGACAGUAUAGAGAUGGAUCCCAUCACGCCUGGCGGGCAUCGCCGCCGCCGGAGUACCCUGACCGGUUCUUCCAAUGCGCCUCCAAUCGCUUCUCGGACGACGCGGCCAAGAGGCAGUAGCAUCAUGGGCGGCCCAAGCGAAGCUGCUCCGAAGAUUUCAGAAGAAGCCAAUUCGGGAGAGUUCGCGAGGCAAGAUCACCGGGCGAAUCUAGACAGCGAUGGCUCACUCUCGGACGAGGACCUCCACGAUGACGAAGAGACCGGGCUCACGAAAAAAGACAAACGGAGGAAGAAGGCGAAGAAGCAGCGCAACACGCGACUUGAUCAGAGAGUCGCCCGGGAAAACCUUUCCGACGAGCAGAAGCACCUAGCCGACCUCAACGUUGCAAGGAGGCUCGCCAUCAACCUGGUCUUGAUUGGUCUCUGGUACAUUUUCUCUCUGUCAAUAUCUCUGUACAACAAGUGGAUGUUCGAUUCGAGUCGACUCAACUUCCCAUUCCCGCUCUUUACGACUUCUAUGCACAUGCUCGUGCAAUUUUCCCUAGCUGCGAUAGUCCUAUACUUCUUUCCUUCACUACGACCAAACAACGGCCACCGUGAGUCGGACCUAGGCCGGUCACGUCACGAAGCCGAACCCGAUAGGCCGGCAAUGACCAAAUCAUUCUACUUGACGAGGAUAGCACCAUGCGGUGCAGCAACUGGGCUGGACAUUGGAUUGGGCAACAUGUCUCUGAAGUUUAUCACCCUGACCUUUUACACCAUGUGCAAGUCCUCCUCGCUGGCGUUUGUCCUCAUCUUCGCCUUCGUUUUCAGGCUCGAAUCUCCGACGUGGAAACUGGUGGCUAUCAUUGCGACCAUGACUGGCGGUGUUAUAAUGAUGGUCGCUGGCGAAGUACAAUUCGACCUGACAGGAUUCGUCCUCAUCAUCUCGGCGGCCUUUUUCUCCGGAUUUCGCUGGGCUCUGACACAGAUCCUCCUCCUACGCAACCCGGCCACUUCGAAUCCAUUCUCGAGCAUCUUCUUCCUCGCCCCGGUCAUGUUCGUGGCUUUACUCGUGAUCGCCCUCCCGGUCGAGGGCUUCUUCGCUUUCGUCGAGGCUGCACAGGGGCUCAGCCAAGAAUGGGGAGCCAUCAAGGCACCAUUGAUUUUGCUAUUCCCUGGCACGAUUGCGUUUCUAAUGACGGCCAGUGAGUUCGCUCUGCUGAAGCGAAGCAGUGUCGUCACCUUGUCUAUCGCCGGCAUCUUCAAGGAAGUCGUCACCAUCCUGGUUGCCGCAGUGGUGUUCGACGACAAGCUCACGCCCAUCAACAUCAGCGGCCUGGUCGUGACAAUCUUUGCAAUCGCAUGCUACAACUGGAUCAAGCUGUCGAGGAUGCGCAACGAGGCGCAGGCCGAGGCGACCGGCAAGACCUCGGGUAGCGGCUACCAGACCGCCGCCUCGUCCGAGGAGGAGGACAAGGACGACAGCGACUCGGACGACGAGGAUGUGGGCCUGCUGGCUCACGAGGAGAACCGGCAGCUUGACAGCAGCAUGAUCACACUGGACGGCGACAUCAUCCCGAGCCCGCCGAAUCGGGGCCACUCGCGGACGCCGUCGCAGCUGCAGCCCGGCUCUGGAGAUGAGAGACGGGGCGGAUAUCAGAGCGACCAUCUCAGAGAUGACUAAAGGAACUACCUGUCGUGUCUCCAGUGACAUAUAGAUCAAUAUAUAGCACGUAUAUGAUGAUACUGGAUAUCAUUGAGACGCAACGAGAACCGCGACAUGUAUGCAGGUCGUGUACUCGCCCGGAG